CGUACGUUUCGGGGUGGAUCACCGAGAGAUCUAUGAAUCUCUUUUCCGACGCGGAACUGAAUAAAAGCCGGGCUCAUCGGUCCAGUGGCCAAGUGUGUGGACAACUCUCGAGGCGGCAACAACUCAACAUGAAACUUUUCAUCGCGCUUUCCGUUCUGGUGGCCGUGGCAUCGGCCCUGCCUCAAUUUGGCGGAGGAAACGCCAACGCCAAAGCUAAUGCCAAUGCCAAUGCCCAAGGAUUUGGCGGCGGUCGUCCAGGCGGAUUUGGCGGAUUUGGCGGCGAUCCAGGCAGCCCCAGAUUUGGUUUCUCCGGAUUUGGUGGCCCCGGUGGAUUCGGUGGCCCCGGUGGAUUCGGUGGUCCACCGGGAUUCGGUGGUGGCCCCGGAUUUGGUGGUGGCCCCGGAUUUGGUGGUGGCCUCGGAUUUGGUGGCCCCGGAUUUGGUGGCCCCGGUGGAUUCGGUGGUCCCGGUGGAUUCGGUGGUUACUCCCCUGCAUUUGGCGGUGGCCCUGGAUAUAACAGAGCUAGAUCCGGAGGUCGUCCAGGCGGUGGCAGCAGCGGUUCGUCCAGUGCCUCAGCUUCCUCCUCAGCUUCGUCUGGUGGUGGCGGCGGUAGUUUAUCAGCUCCCUCCUCUUCUUCCGCCUCUGCUGCGGGUGGCAGAUUCCGCGGUUGAACCGAGCCAAAAAUUAAUAGGAAUUAAGCGAUAAGAAAUGACUGCGAAUUGAAAUUAGUGAAUUAAAAUCAAAAUACUUUUACAAUUUUGUAAUCACUGUUAUGCAGCAGCUCUUAGGAUUUGUAGGAAAUUUAUUGCAUAGCAGCGCAUAACCGAAUGUUUGAUCUCAGUGUCCCAGAAACCUUAUACACUUUUAAUAAUCGACUAAGGAAGUCCUUUUUAAAAACCUAAUGGUGAGGAAAAUGUACAAAUAGAUAUGUUUAAGUAAAAGGAAAACCAUUUCCAAACCUUAAAAUUUUAAAAAAUUUUACAAAAUUUGAUAAAAA